AUGCGAGCCUACAUCGAUAGCAUCUGCAACCGCAAACCACCGUCCAAGGCGCCGCAGGUGCGGCCCACGAAGAGUGCGCUGCUGCUCCUGUCUCACCAGCAAGCGAAGAGGCGACAACUCGGUGAAUCUCAAGCAGACGGCUCCAUUUCUACGUUGAAGCACCCGCAUCCGCAACCGCGUGCGGCAGCUGCCAAGUGGCCCCUGAAAACCACUCCCUCGCUGGGGCCACCACCCCGCCCUCUUGCAUGUCGCUCUCCGUCGCCACUGGCACAUGAUGUGCUCGCUCGCACACCGCCCGCUUCCUCUGUGGAGGCGGCGGAGUCACCGUGGCACCCCCUUUUUACCUCCGCUUCACAGUUGCCGGCGACAUCACCGCGGCAGCAGCAGCGGCCGGCACACCGCGCAUCGGAGGAGGAGAGCGAAGCAGGUGUUCGAGAGGAAUACUGGCCCACGUUGGCUCGCUCAUUGGAGGCCGGCAAGGACACGUCCGUCGCGGUAGCGGCGUACGGUGACCGCAGGUUGUACGACGGCACCGCGGAGGGUGGCGAAGGCGGACACCGAAAAGCCUACGUAAUGCACGCCUCGGCGGCAGAGAGGGGUAGCUGUGCGACAUCGUCGCCCACUCGCACGUGUCGGUCUGCAUGGACUCCGUGGCAUCCCCCGCCGCAUGGAGCGCAUCAAGAUCUAGUUCGGAGCGAUGCUGCUUCGCCGUUCCAGACUAAUUUCCGCCUGCGGUAUCCUUCCUCGUCAUCGUGCACCUCUCCUGCGCCACACGCGCGCUCUGAGAUGGAGCCGCCGCGCGUACCGCGUGCAUCUUCAGCGCGUCCAUCGAUGACAAGCGACACGCGUAGCGACAGCAAUCUUGCGGCUCUUUCUCACCAGUGCCCCACCUCCCCGGCAUGGGCGGUCGAUCUGAACGAGCCUCCUCGACGGUGCCACCCGGUCUCGGCACCUCAGCAGCAGCUGCUGGCAAGAGUGCACGCGAGGCGCGAGAGCUACUCCAGUAGCGCUCACUGCACGACCGAUGCUGAUGUCAUCGCUAACACGCAGCACCGGCCAGACUCUCCGCCGUGUCGCCCGUCACUGUCGUCGCUCUUCUCCUCGGGUUUCUUCAGCCGGGGGCCUGAGGCGGCCAUGCACCGCCGUGCUGAGCGUUACUCGACAGUAGCACACCGAGCCGGGAACCCCUGCACGCGUUUUCUUGCCACGGCGCAGAGCGCCGCCUCUUCGCUUACGAAGGAGUCCCAGCAAGCGAGCCAACCGCGACCCGGCGCAGAUUAUCGCUGCCGUGACGUGAACAACUGCAGUCUGCGCGACUUGCAAGAGGGACUGUGCACUCGUCUGCAGAGACGUCUGCACGACCUCGAGCCCUCGCACUCGAGUAGCACCUCGCCAAUGGACUGGAAAGCUGCUGCGGGAAGCACUAAGUCAACGCCUCUGCUCGCUGACAUGGAUGCGACGCUGCGCCUCUGGCGUGAUACGCGGCGGGCGCUCCGGCAGCAGGUGAUGCAUCGCAGCGCCAUUCACGAUGUGCAGCGCAGCACCCCACUGAAAGGGCAAUGGCCCAAUGUCGAGGAGGAUAUAGUGCUGGACGGCGUUGUGCGCCGUAUCCUCGCGGAGCGGGCCGCCUCGCGUGCAUACCUACUUGCGGGUGCCGCUGCUGCGAACAGGGAGGCGCGCACUCCAUGA